AAGUACGUCAGGCGUUGAAAGGAAGUGCAAUUGAGGACGAACAUAGCGUUACCACUUACGUUGUUGCCAGUUAUAAAUAUCUACGGAUUUAGUGCACAUUCGCAUCGAAAUUGUAUACUUUUCCUCACACAGAGAAUACAAAACUGUAAUUUGGGCUGAACAACAUGGCGCAGUUGGUAUCCAUUAUGGAGGUUUUAGCUAAAGCAGCUGUAGCAGAAAUUAACAAACGUGUUGAUGAUAGCUGUGCAGUUAUACGUUUGGAAAUUACCCAAAGCCAGCGAGAUAUUGAUGUACUGAAAAGGAAGUGUCAAAUGAUGGAGAGCGAGCUGAAGAAGACACGAGGACAAGUCAGGAAAAAAGUUCUUUACCCCAUGGCAUCAGAGGGAUCUUCAUAUCCAGUCAAGAUUGUUUUGAACAAGCAGAAGAGUAAAUCACAGUGGAGAGAUGGAGAGAUGGCUUUUGAAGAGGACUCUCAACCCCAGCCUACAGAUGUAGAGCAGAGAGCAGAGACUGAACCCAUACUGAUCAAAGAUGAAGAGACAGCGGAGGAUGUGUGGAAGACUGACCCUCAGGAAGAGCUCAUGAUCACUGGAGAGGAGUCUGGUUCCAAGCCUGGGCAACCACCAUCCUUUGAGCAACGGCACUUUGAUGAGGACUUCAUCACACAACCCAACAUAUCUCCUGAAGACUCAGUGGAACAUUGCCCCAAUUCUGAUGGUCCAGAGGAACCAGGCACACCCCGACUCAAAUCUACAGAGGUGUUUAGCACAGAGCAGCACCAGCCAGCCGAGGAUGAGGACUCGCUAGAGCAAGUGAUGGUGAAGGAUGAGAAAAGGGAGCUGGAUCAGACCACGGCCCUGGAAGGACCUGACCAGUUUGUCAUGGAUGAGACUGAUGGGCAGCUGUGGACCUCUGUGGAUCCAGAUAGAGACACUGACCCUGAUGGCCACCCAGAUUUCUCCUUUCAUGCCAUAGAGGAGUACUCUCAGAAUAUCUCAAUUUUCCCAUCUCAUAGUGGGCUGCCAUCCCUACCUACUAUGUUAGAUGAUGGAGGGCCAUCCCUUCACUCUAUAGGGAAACCACAUGCUAACAUGUUCAGUGCAGCAGCACACAUGAAAAAACAUGUCAGGACAUUGGCUGAUGAGACUAGACAACAGAUGCCAGAAGGACAGAGCAGCGAGACACUGAACUCUAAUAAUGAUGGAAAUAGUUUAGCUCUACAGCCAAGGCAGCAUCAGCACAGGGCUUCAGAAGCAACAGUGAGAAUGAGUGAGUGCAUGACAGGGUCAAACAUGGCCACCACCUCCACCUUCUCUGGAUACAGCCUGAGUCGCAGUAGUUUUAACAUGGUGAAGAGAAUGAGGACUCAGUGGAGGUCGGGCGGCACCACAGGAGAGAAACCGUACACCUGCGAACAGUGUGGCAGGAGUUUCCCCAAGCAGUACAACCUGAUCAGACAUGCUGUGGUCCACAGCGGGGAGAAGCCCUACAAGUGCUCACAGUGUGGGAAAUGCUUCACCCAGCGCUCCAGUAUGAAGUCACAUCAGAGAACUCACAUAGGAGAGAGUCCGGUGUCUCAAUAUGGGGUACCCCCAUACCCUGGGGAUCCACACGCAAGUUUAAUGUUGUCUCAGACGAGAUGGAACAAAUAAAACAUGGCAUAGCUUGUCUAACACUUUCUGUGAAAAUGGGGUACAGCAGGUGUUAAGACAUUUUGACAUGCUUUUCCUCCUAAUUGAUUUGUGAAAUGGUUUUCAUGUUUGACUGUUGACAGCUCCACAGUUUUAUUUGAACAACCUAUUUACAACUUAAUCAGUCAUAAAAAUGUUAUUUAAUCAAAUGUAGAAAGAAAUAGUCAACCCUGCUCAUUUAGAUAAAGAACUUAUAGUAGCCAUUUUAGUAUGUGUUGUCUACUUAAACAAACACUGUUGAACAAUUUCUUGCUACAAGGGACAGUCUCGGUUCAAGUCAGGUUAAUAACUCAACUUUAUUUCUUGAAUUAUAUUUUUUGAAAGUUAUAUUGCAAGGCAAUAAAAUAUUUCAGUUCAACAGUUUACAUGGUAAUGUA